AUGGACCAGCGAACAACAGUCAAGGAUGCCCUACAGGCUAAGGCCGCGUGCAACAUGAUCAUAUGCGGAACCAUUCAGGACGUUCGACAUCAGGGAGAAUACUUGACCCUCGCUAUCAACGACGGGUCUACCGUGACUCCAAUUCAAGCCCGAUUAACCAGGGCCCAGGUGGGAGAUGACUCUGGCAUCUCACGAGGCAGCACUAUUCAACUCCACGGGCAGAUGAAACCUCUGAGAUCGUCAUGCCUCGACCACUACAACCACCCAGCCUUUGAGAUAGAGAGCUUCUCAAUCCUUGGCCGAUCUGAUCCCAAUUCCUAUCUUAUUUCUCUGGUCCAUCCAAGCCCAGAAUUCCUUCAUAAGAACCCCCACCUUCGUGUCCGCACACCACAACAUGCCCUGGUUGCACGGUUCCGCUCAACAGUCAUAUCUGCCCUGAGCAGGUUCUUCGAUUCUCACCCGGACGGGCCAUUCUAUCAAGUCCAUCUCCCUCUUCUCACAUGGACAGACUGUGAAGGAAGUGCAGAGGUCUUCGCCACGCCAACGCAAUGCUCCAAGCAAGAAGGUAGCGAGAUGAAAGACACCUAUUUCGACGCACGGCGGUACCUCAACGUCUCUGCUGUCUUCCACGCUGAGGCGUUCGUGCAAGGUCUGGAUCGUAUCUGGACACUUUCUCCCUGCUGGAGAGCCGAACGCACGGAUAGCCCGCGCCACUUGGCUGAGUUCUGGAUGCUUGAAGUUGCUGUUAAUUACAUUGACUCGCUGGAACCGCUAUAUCAGCUCUUAGAGGAGACGAUUCGCAGUAUCAUCACACUUCUGCAAGACAGUCCCGCCGGACAUGAAAUCCUCGCUCAGUCGGCUACAAGAAGCAAAAACCUCAAACAGCGUUGGAACAAGCUCCUCACCCAAAACUGGCCGCGAAUCACCUUCGCCGACGCAACGAAACUUCUUGAGCCCGCUCGCGCCGCAAAGGGCAGCCAGCUCCCAACAAAGUCCUCUCCACAUGACGUCACGCCUGAUGAGGAAAAGUACCUUUGCGAGCAUUUCGACUCCCCUGUCUUCCUGACACACUUUCCCUCACAGAUCCGCCUUUUCCAAGCAGCCCAGUCAGCCAAAGACAUCGCUGAGAUACCCCCAGGGACAGGAUUCCCUUCUUCGCAGACAACAGAAUCAUUCGAUCUUCUUCUCCCCGGUAUUGGAGAGGUCUGCAGCGGUGGUCUGCGAGAACACAGACUCGACGUGUUGAUCGAUACCAUGCGCAAGAAACGGUUCCUGCAGGGCCAAAGAGAGGGCCCUGUUCCGGAGCGUAAUGCCCCCGCAGAUGCUGAGCCAUAUCCGUAUCUGCAUCCGGGCGAGGAUCUCAAGUCGGUAGAAUGGUUUGCUGAUUUACGGCGGUGGGGAACGUCGCCUCAUGGUGGGUUUGGGGUGGGGUUUGAGCGGUUGUUGCAGUAUUUGACCGGGGAGGAUACCGUGAAGGAGGUGAUUUCUUUUCCGCGCUAUUUUAGGGUUUGUGGUUGUUAG